AAUCUACCUCUUGCAUUGUGUUUGCGUGUGAGAAAAAACCCAUAGACAUAUACAGGGCAUAUACAGUAGCACAAACCCAGCCGGUGCCAAGAUGCCUGCAGACUUCAAUGGACAAUGGGUGAUGGUCACCAACGAGAAUUUUGAGGAUAUCAUGAAGGCCAUUGAUAUUGACUUUGCCACCCGUAAGAUCGCCUGUCACCUGACCCAGACCAAGGUGAUCGUCCAGAAUGGAGACAAGUUUGAGACCAAAACUUUGAGCACCUUCAGGAACUACGAGGUCAACUUCACCGUUGGGGAGGAGUUUGAGGAGGUCACUAAGGGACUGGACAACAGGACAGUCCAGACACUGGUUACCUGGGAUGGAGACAAGUUGGUGGCUGUGCAGAAGGGAGAGAAGGCCAACCGUGGCUGGAUGCAAUGGAUAGAAGGAGACCUGCUACACCUGGACAUCCAUGUUAAAGACAAAGUCUGCAAACAAGUAUUCAAGAAGAAGCCCUGAAACAUCUGACAUAACCUUUUUUAUUGUAAAAUGACCUUCACGUGUUUCUGCCUGCAUAAUUAUGUAAUGUAAUUAUGAUGUGAUUGUACAUACAUUUAAUAAAUACGUCAUGCAUCCCAAGCAGAUGGGAGGCAUUGACUUUGGUCAAUACAUUAAA